AUGUCCCUACUCGCUCGCUCAAAUAUCUCUACCGCGAAAACUUUCUUGCCAAGAACCAUGUUGUCUCUGGCUCCAGGGCACGUUCUCCAAGGCACUCGUUGGGACUACCGCAUCUUGGAGGGCGUAAAAGGUGAUGAUAGGACGCACGCAUCCACCAUCUUUAAAGCCUACACCAGAACACAAAAAAACUCCGCAAUUGUUCUCAGGCUAACCUGGCCUUCUAGGGCUAUCGUCAAAGCAGCUUCGCCUAACGACGAAAUCGCUAAGGAGAACCUGGACCGUGGAUGUCGGACCUAUGGCCUUCCUGGUGUUUCUUCAGCCGCAUGCUUCCGGCAACUGUACGACGUAAUCGACAAUAGCACCAUCGCCUUGGAAUGGCUGGACACCACUCUUGCACAGGCGAAAUACCAACCUGGCGCAAAAACCUACGUUCUCAUCGAUGAGGUCCUCAGUGGCCGUGUUAUUGCAAUAGUGGGAGACUUGGGGCUUGCUUUUGCGUCCGGCGAUCGUAUCAAUGUCCAACCAUUUGCCAUGCGCGCCCCUGAAGUAUUUCUAGGCCAGGCCUGCACUGAGCUAGCACAAGUCUGGGUAGUUGGCGCCAUUCCUCGUCCUCUCAUCAACGAGUCCUGGUCAAUGGCCAAGGUCAAGCGGCUCUUCCCUGACUGGAAUAUUCCGGCACCUGGGGAGGUGAAGGGCUACUCGCUCCAAGAUGCCGUUGAGUCUGCCAGAUUCUUCAGCGAAGAGAUAGAAGAGCUGCAAGCAAUCUUACCUUUCGAAACGGAGACCCAAAAGGUAGAGAUGCUGGAGCAGCUGAGGGAUCUUCUCCGCCUCAUGCUGCUCAGGAGUAUAAACGCCAGGCGGAAGCAAGAAAGGCCAAAGGGUGGGACAUGUUCCCAAAGACAAGCCAAUGGCAGUUGA